GAAACAAAUAAGUGCUAUAAAAUAGUUUCAAGCAUUGUGUUGUUAAUUUACCGGGUAAUCGACAGGGUUUUUUGUAUAAUUACAAUCGGGUUCGUUAUCGGGUUGGUCUGUUGAUUCGGGGUACAGAAGACGAUAAAAAGUCCAAGCACACCAACAUUUUUCACCAACAGAGCUUUGUGUUACUUGAAACUAAAAAACUGGGACCAAGCCUUACAGGACUGCAGAAGAGCUUUAGAUCUUGAUCGAUCAGUUGUGAAAGGACACUUUUUUAUGGGACAGGCUCUUGUUGAGUUGAGCUUGUAUGAUGAAGCUGUAAGCAGUCUUAAAAGAGCUCAUGAUCUAGCCAAAGAACAAAAAUUGAACUUUGGGGAUGAUAUAACAUGUGCACUUAGACAUGCCAAGAAGAAGAAAUGGAAUAUGAUAGAGGAUAAAAGAAUUCAACAAGAAAUAGAACUACAGACGUACAUAAAUAAACUGAUAAGAGAGGACACAGACAGAAUGAGAGAUGAAGUAAAGAAAACAACCAAUGAAGAAGAUGGUGAGGAAGACAAGAUUUUAAGUGAAAUUGAAGAGGAGCAGGACCAAAAAAUCAAGGAAAUAAAUGAUCUGUUUGCAAAAGUGGAUGAAAGAAGAAGGGGGAGAGAUGUUCCGGAUUACUUGUGCGGCAAAAUUAGUUUUGAACUAAUGCGCGAUCCUGUAAUAACGCCGAGUGGAAUAACGUACGACAGGAAGGACAUCGUGGAGCAUCUCCAGAGAGUUGGACAUUUUGACCCAGUGACUCGAACAGACUUGACCCAGGAUCAGCUCAUCCCUAACCUGGCUAUGAAGGAAGUGAUAGACAAUUAUUUAGAAGAAAAUCCUUGGGCAGAGGACUACUAGCACUAAUUACAUGUACAUGUGAUUAAGCAACUUUCAAACCAUUCCGUGUCUCAAUUUUAUAUUUAGAUCUUUCAUGGUUUUCAUUGAUGCAAAGAAUGAAAAUGUAUUCAAUAUCAUUAUUUCAAAAUCUAGCAAGAUUUUUACUUCAAGAACCUUUACAUGUACUUUCGUAGAUCCCAUUAUUGAACUGCUUAGAUGACUGCAUUUAUAAUAUGCAUUGUUUCCCAGGAAACAAAUUGUUAUUAGGUACAUGGGUAGUUCAAUAUGUGUAUGUGUAUGAGUGCUAAAAGUGAAAUUUAAGUAUAUACAAUGUAUAUCUAUUGAUUAUGUAAUCUUUUUAAUUUUGAUACAUGUAACAUAUUCAUGUACAUAAAUUAUGAGCCUCAUGGCUUAUUAGAAAGGAUUUAACUUAACUAUUAAGCAGGAAAAAAAUUAUAUAUCUGGUAAAUUAACUUGUUCAUAUUAUCAGAUAUAAACAUAUGAUAUUAUUAUGUAUCAGUCAUUUCAAUGUACUUGUAUCUGUAAUUCCAGAAGUAAAUGUGUAACCAGUCACUGGUUCUGAUUGUAGUGAAGCUCACUCAGGUCAGGAGUGUGAUUCUGCAUCAGUUCUUUCUUUGACAGUAUUUUAUCUUAACCCUCUUAAUUAUGUCUCUAUCCUCAGAAAAAUUAUACUAUAUAUAUAGAGCAUUUCUUGCCAAUGUGGUAGAAAAUCGGAUCUAACCAUUCUUUUGUCAUCUCCUGUACCAAGAAGAAUGGGGAAACUUUAAGGAAGAAGUGUUCUCAACAACAUUUUUUUUCUUCCUGUUUUUGGAGAGGGGGAUAUUUAGUUGUAAUUGUGUCUUUUUGUUGUACAUGUACAUGUUGUGUAAUUGCAAGAUCAUAAUGCACCUCGUAAAAAAUUAGUUCUCACUCUCUCACUUCAUGAAUGGAUAAAUCAUUUUGUUUUCUUUCUAGUCGCAUAUGCAAUGGGCAAUGUUUACUGUACAUAUCUGCAAGAGACAGUGCUUUUGUUUUUCAUUAAUCUGUGAUAUUAAAUAGAAAGAACUGGC